GAGAUGGCGCGUACGAAGCAAACCGCCCGCAAGUCCACCGGCGGCAAGGCGCCCCGGAAGCAGCUCGCCUCCAUUGCGGCGAGGAAGUCGGCCCCGACCACCGGCGGCGUGAAGAAGCCCCACCGCUACAGGCCCGGCACGGUGGCGCUCCGGGAGAUCCGCAAGUACCAGAAGAGCACGGACCUGCUCAUCCGCAAGCUUCCCUUCCAGCGCCUGGUGCGGGAGAUCGCGCAGGACUUCAAGACGGACCUUCGCUUCCAGAGCCACGCCGUGCUCGCGCUCCAGGAGGCCGCCGAGGCGUACCUCGUCGGACUCUUCGAGGACACCAACCUCUGCGCCAUCCACGCCAAGCGCGUCACCAUCAUGCCCAAGGACAUCCAGCUCGCUCGCCGCAUCCGUGGAGAGCGCGCCUGAUU